AUGUCGCUUGUCCAGCUAUAUGUGCCUACAGAAGUGUCCCGUGACAUUAUCUACAAGAUUGGGCAAUUGAACUUAAUUCAGUUUAGAGAUUUGAAUCUGAAAGUCAAUGAGUUCCAGCGUUCGUUUGUCAAGGAAUUGAGACGGUUAGACAAUGUAGAACGUCAAUUCAAUCGUUUCAAGAAGGAAUUGGAUCAAAGAGACAUUCCUGUCAAGACUUUUCCCUAUGAAUCGCUGCCCAUUGUGCCUCAGUCAGAUAUUGAUGAGCAUGUAGAGAAUGCUCAGAUCUUGGAGGAUCGACUUUUACAAUUGAUUGACUCGACCAAUUCGCUCUAUGAAAAGCAGAAGGAAUUGAAACAGUUCAAAGCAACAAUUCAGGGUGUAGACAAUUUCUUUGUAGUCAAUGCUGGGCCUCAGCUGGAGACCAGUGAAGAAUCAGCGUUACUUUCGCAAUUGGAAUCGCAGGCGCAAGAAGCUUCACAUGGCUCGUUUAUCAGUGGAGUUAUCUCUCGUGAAAAGGUUGGAACUUUACAGCAGAUCUUGUGGAGAAUUUUGAGAGGUAACUUGUACUAUCAUAGUGAAGAGUUGGCUGAGCCAGUAUACGAGGUUCAUUCCAACGAAUAUGUGAACAAGAACUCUUUUAUCAUCUUUUCGCAUGGUGCUAUCAUUUACGACCGUAUAAAGAAGAUCUGCGAGUCGUUGGAUGCGGACAUCUACGAUGUGGAUGCCACUGUAUCGUUGCGUUCCGACCAGUUGGCUGAAACAAACAUGAAGUUGGCUGACUUAUCUGCGGUUCUCACUCAAUCUGAAAACGCAUUAUCUUCUGAAUUGAUUGCUAUAUCAAGAGACUUGGCUAAAUGGUGGGAAGUUAUUGCUCGCGAAAAGGCCGUUUAUCAAUCUAUGAAUCUUUGCGAUUACGACGACUCCCGAAAGACGUUAGUAGCUGAGGGCUGGAUUCCUACGGAUGAGAUCUCGAACUUGACGACUACAAUCAAGGGUUCCGACGAUUCACAAUCGAUCCCUACCAUCAUCAACGUUCUUGAAACAACGAGAACGCCUCCUACUUUCCAUCGAACCAACAAGUUCACUGAUGCCUUCCAGAACAUAUGUGACGCCUACGGUAUAGCCACGUACCGUGAAGUGAAUCCUGGUUUACCUACCGUCAUCACAUUUCCAUUUAUGUUUGCUAUCAUGUUUGGAGAUUUGGGCCACGGUUUCAUCUUGACAUUAGUAGCUUUAGCAUUGGUGUUGAACGAAAAGAAAUUAGGAGCUUCCAAGCAUGACGAGAUCUUUGACAUGGCCUUCAGCGGUCGUUACAUCUUGUUGUUGAUGGGAAUCUUCUCGAUGUAUACCGGUUUGUUAUACAACGAUAUCUUUUCUAGAUCUAUGACGCUUUUCAGCUCCGGCUGGGAGUGGCCCGAGAAGUUUGCUAUUGGUGAAACUGUGUUGGCCAAACAGGUUGGAACGUACAUCUUUGGUUUGGAUCCAGCAUGGCAUGGAUCUGAGAAUGCGUUGUUGUUUUCUAAUUCCUACAAGAUGAAGUUGUCGAUAUUAAUGGGUUACACCCACAUGUCGUACUCGUACAUCUUCUCAUUGGUGAACUACAUCCAUUUCAAGAGUGUCAUAGACAUUGUUGGAAACUUCAUUCCAGGCUUGUUAUUCAUGCAAGGUAUAUUUGGGUACUUGUCGUUGUGCGUAGUAUACAAAUGGACUGUAAACUGGUAUGCCAUCGAUAAACAGCCCCCAGGGUUGUUGAACAUGUUGAUUUCCAUGUUCUUGUCACCUGGAAAUGUUGCUGAGCCAUUGUACGAAGGUCAAGCCAGUAUUCAAGUUUUUCUCUUGUUGGUAGCUUUGAUUUGUGUUCCAUGGUUAUUGUUACUUAAGCCCUUGUACUUGAAGAGACAAUUGGACAAAGCAGCUGCCGAGUACCAGGAAUUGCCUACUGACGAAGAUGAAUUGGAGGAAGGUGAUGCUGCAGCUCACGAUGACGAUGAACCUCAUGAAGAACACAACUUUGGCGAUAUCAUGAUUCAUCAGGUCAUUCACACAAUCGAGUUCUGUUUGAAUUGUGUAUCUCAUACGGCAUCUUAUUUGAGAUUGUGGGCAUUGUCUUUGGCCCAUGCUCAAUUGUCUACUGUCUUGUGGACUAUGACCAUUGGAGGCUCUUUUGGUGCUACUGGUGCUCUAGGAGUAUUCAUGACUGUCUUCUUAUUUGCAAUGUGGUUCUCAUUGACGGUCUGUAUCUUGGUAGUAAUGGAAGGAACUUCGGCCAUGUUGCACUCUUUGAGGUUGCACUGGGUCGAGUCUAUGUCCAAGUUCUUCCAGGGUGAAGGUACAUUAUACGAGCCAUUUGGCUUUAAGAACUUGAUUGACCUCUAG